CGCUCUCUCUCUCUCUCAACCAACCACACCUCCAAAUCGCUGCAGCAAGCAAGAAUCCUCUCAUUUUCUCCAUCCUUGACUUCCCCACAAGUUCUAUUUAUGUGGGUGAGUUCUUGUUUCAUUACUCUCUUGCAAAUCAACCUCUAUCUCACAUCGGUUUCUCUCUCUUCCGUGAGAAGUUGUGAUCUUGGAACUUAGAUGCAACCCCAUAUUGCCCCCAUAGUUAAGUCUAAAAUGGCAGUGGAGACGUCAACGAGUGGUGACAUUUCUAGCAAGAACAAUGGAAAGAUUCCUAAAAGAACUCACAAAUCUGAGAGGGAGAAGAUGAAACGCGAGAAUUUGAACGAGCUGUUUCUUGCUCUAGCAAAUUCUCUAGAACUGUCUGAUCAGAACAGCGGUAAGGCUUCCAUGUUGGUUGCAGCCACGCAAACAGUGAAAGAAAUGCUGGAUCUGAUUGAACGACUCAGAAAAGAGAACGCCACCUUGUUGUCCGAAUCCAAAUAUGUUAAUGUUGAGACGAGCGAGCUAAAGGAUGAUAACACUGCUUUGGAGGCGGAGAUUGGUAAGCUUCGGACAGAGAUCAAAGCAAAGACCAAAUUACAGCUCGACCUCAACAUGGCCCCUCCUGAAUGUCAUAACAACGAGCGUGCAUCCCACAAUCUUGACAGUCCUUUUUUCUUUCCCUUCGUGCAACACGGAACACGAGGGCAAAUAAGUCCUUCACAUCUUGCCACAUUCUGCUCGAACAUCCAAGAUCCUCCAGAGGUCGGUAUUGAACAACUCGCAUCCAAGCAUAUUUCUCUAGUGAGCAAACCACACGCCCGAUAUCUCACUCCAGCCGACAAAUGGCCGUCUCAAGUUCUAGAAUACCAGUUCGAGUUAGGAAGAGCAGUUCCUCAAAGUUAUAGAAACAGCAAAUAAUGAGAAGUUAGUACUAGUGCUUUAUGUAUAUUUCGGUUUCUAGUUAAUAGAGAUGUCUUCGUGAAUUUUAGACCAUCCCGAUGCAACACAUAGCACGUAGAACAGGGAAUUAGAAAGUCGUAUGGAAAGGUCUAUAUGUUUCUCCAUUCUCUCAUUCUGUUUCGAGAUUGAUAUGAUGAAUCGAAUUAUAUCUUUGUCAA